UAGAGAGCGAGGGAGAGGAUAGGAGAUAAUGAUACAAAUUUUGUUUUUCGUCCAAAAAAAAAAGUGUUUCAAAAAAUAUAUAUAUUGUCGACAAAAUAUAUAUAUAUAUAUAUAUGUAUAUAUAUUAUUGUUUAUAUUAUAGUAUACUCGGAAUGACGGCUAAGGGCAUCUCCAACCCUACUCCAUGCAUUUUCAAUUCCAAACAUCAUUAUGGAGUAAAAUCUUCUCCAACCCCACUCCAUUUUGGAGUAACCCUAGCCAUUACUCUAUUUUGAAGUUGAACUAUUUUUAUUUAUAAAAUGGUCAUUUGAAUAUUUAAUGUUUUUAUUUCUUACUUAAAUAAUAUUUAAAAUGAUACAAUAACAUGAAAAUAGUAUAUUCUACAAAGGAUUCUUUAAUAAUUUUAAAUAAAUGCAUAAAAUAACAGAAAACAUAAAUAAUUAAAGAUAAAGUUCCACCUCCGAAUAUCAAAAUUGCAGAAGACGAAAAUGUCCGAUUUUGAAAUUUUCUUGCUCGAUUUAGGAAUAUCAAAGAUAAAGAAGCUCAUUUUUCAUUACGAAAUGCAUUAGUUGAUCAUUUGUGGAAAAAUAUCCUAAUACUCAUUGUUGAACCCACAUAUAUUAUGUAUUUUUUAAUGAUUUCUUGUACUUUUUAAUAAUAAAUAUUUAAUUCAAAUAAUUUAUAUUUUAAUUAUUUAUUGUAAACAUAAAAUAGUUGGGGUUAAUUGGUAAUUUUUAUAAGUAUAAGAUUUUAUUUGCAAUUAUUAAUAAAAUAAAAAUGAAAUCAUUUAAGAAAUAUUAUUUUUGGAGUAGAAAAUGGAGUAAUACAUUGGAGUAAAACCUUACUCCAUUUUAGUGUUGCACCAUUUUGGAGUAAAAAAUGGGGUAAUACAUUGGAGAUGCUCUAAAAGGCCAAUAGAGACCACGCUAUCAUUAUAUAAUUAAUAUUUAUAUAGUUCUUUUUUUGGGUCAAAAUAUACUUAUACAGUUCUAAAAGUUUAUUAAUUUUAUAAAAUAUCACAUAAUGAAACAACCAAAAUAAUCUUUGCUUAUAUAGCUACAAGCCAAUACAUCAUCUCCAUGAUAAAAUCCCUGUUCAAAAAUGCGGCUGUCUAGGCGUUUUUCUGAGGUUUACCACAGUGAAUAUGCCUAAAUCGGUGUAGUUAGGUGUUGAUCCGCGUAAAAUUGCCUAAUUUCCGCGUUGACCGCUUAAUUUUCGCUUAGACCGCCUAAAUUUUUUUUUCGUCCGUGUAAAGUUGAAACACAGUUGAUUAUUUUUUACUCAUUAUUGACAGAUUUUGUGUAAUUAUUCAUUACUAAAUAAUUACAAUUAGCUAUCAAAACAAAAACAAACACAUAAUUACUUCAUUUAGGAAUUUUUUCGUACCAAUCACACCAUAAUCUAGAUGUUUGACGAAUCAAAAAAAGGCUGCUUAAAAUUAUAUAUAAAAAAUUGUAUAAUUAUGUCUUAGAACAUGUGUCAUCAUGUUUAAAAUUAGCUAAAUAUAUUACAAAUAUAUUAAAUUGUAUUUAAAACUAAGCUCUGCGUAAUUCCCGAGUAUUCUCCGAUUUUUUCGGUAACUCUCUAGAUCCGAGGUUGCCGUCCAAUUAGCACCUAGCGUAGUUUCGAACAACGGAUAAAAUUAACCCAAAUCUAACAUAUAUAUUACGUUUUGUAAGUAAUUUAAUUAUUUUUUUAACAUAGAUAUUAAAUUUAGAUCACUUUAAACAAUAAUGUUUUCUUAAAUGAAAGUUCUAUAUAGAAAAAGUUAUUUAACUACGUACAAUCGAUUUUUUUUAACUCAGUUAAUAAAUUUAAGGACUUAUCUAGAUAUAUAUUUCAUAUGACAAUUAAAUAUUUAUUUUAAGACAUAAAUUAAAUUCGUUAUUCUUUAGAGUGCAGUUAUGCUAUUUAAAUACAAAUCGUCACUAUAUAAAUGAUAAACAUUUUAAAUUAAAUUCAUGCAUUCAUAUGUAAUUACACUCUUUUUCACGGGAAGAUAUAUAAAGAUAUUGCAUAUUUAAUUUAUUAGCUCUUACAUACCAAGGUUAAUAAAAUAAUUAAAAAAAUUGUCAUAUGUAAUUUUAUAAGUUUUUUAAAUAUGUACGUAUGUAGACAUAUAGAUGGAGCUGUAUGUAAAUGAUAGAGUGGCGAGUAGUUUUUUAGCAUUAAAUGUUAACACAGAGGCUGCAUGGCUUCGGCCAUUUACUGCUCUCAUGCCUCUCUUGCACUUAACCUCCUCUUCAUUUGUACUCUCCAUUAACAAAAACUAAUAAUUCAAUACCUAACAUUUGAGUUUUUUUCCUGCUACUUACCUAAAAGUUAAAAUUCAAAAGAACUGCUACAUGUACAUACCCAAAAACUGUUAUAAACGUCAUCGUAGAAAAAAGAUAUAUGGGGGCAUCGUGAAGAAAAUAAAAUAUCGUAUGUUCAUUGUGAACCUGAUUACAAUUUUGUUUUUUUUUUCUGCUUCCUAGAUGGGCCGUAAGACUGUGAUCAAUUUUAGGCCCGUAAACUAGAGCGGCAAGGCCUAAAGUCAAACACUACUGAGACCAACGAACAUUGCUGACGAAUAUGUUAUAUUAAUAACCUAAUUUUAGGUCGUUACUUGUCCCACAAGAACAGUAUAUUAAGCCAUAUGAUUUUCCAGUUACUAAAUAUAGCAACUUAGAUGAUUUCCUAAAAUAAUAUAAGAACGUGGAUUCCACAUACGAUAACAGUCUAUUAUAGUUUUAUUCAACUUUGAGAGCUAAGAACUUAAUAAAACAACUUCCCUAACUACAUGUUGUCCAAAGUCAAUAACUUUUCAUAGAGCAAAAAGAUGAUUUAAAGAUUUCUUAUUCGUUGCAUGAUUUUGAGUUUUUAUGCUUAGUGGAGGCCCUGCAAUGAUCUCCUCCUCUGUCUUUCAAACCUAAAUUAAGAAACAGAGAAAAACUGCAAAUGGGUUUAUGUAAAUCCCACUUUGACACUUCUCCAUGGACAUUUUCAAUGUCUCUGGGUGGUGUAUAAAAGGCCUGUGAGUCUCUCUUUCAUCUUCAUCUCCAAGCUAGUUCUGAUAUUUCUUGGGUAGUACUCAACAAAGAAAACGAGCUAAGAAAAGAGAGAGAGAGAGAGCAAUGGCGAUCAAGAACCUUCUUGUCCUCACAGUUUUUCUGAGCGUUCUUGGAGUUUCAGUUGCUAUUCCGAAGGGUCUUGAGCUUAACUACUACAAACACAGGUGUCCGGAUGCAGAAGCCAUUGUCCGUCGUGUCACGGUUCAAUAUGUUUCUCGCCAGACGAGUCUUGCAGCCGCUCUUCUAAGGGUGUAUUUUCAUGAUUGUUUUGUUAGAGGAUGUGAUGGUUCCGUACUUUUGAAAUCUCCAAACAAGGACGCAGAAAGAGACGCUAUCCCUAACUUAUCUCUUAGAGGAUAUGAAGUGGUAGAUGCUGCCAAGUCAGCCCUAGAAAAGAAGUGCCCCGGGGUGGUUUCUUGCGCUGAUGUUCUUGCUUUAGUCGCUAGAGACGCUGUCUUAGUGAUCAAUGGACCGUGGUGGCCAGUUCCAUUGGGCCGGAGGGAUGGACGCAUCUCAAGAAAAUCUGAGGUUAAUUUACCAUCCCCAUUCGCCGGAAUAGCUGCACUGAAAAAGAACUUCUUCGACAAGGGUCUUAACACUAAAGACCUUGUCGUUCUCUCAGGGGCUCACACCAUCGGAAUCUCUAACUGCGGUCUCAUAAACAGCCGUAUCUACAACUUCACCGGGAAAGGUGACUUUGACCCUUCUAUGAACCCUAGCUACGUUAGGACAUUGAAGAAAAGGUGCAAGCCAACUGAUUUCAGGACAUCAGUGGAGAUGGACCCAGGCAGUGUCAAGAAGUUUGACUCUCACUACUUCAACAUUGUAUCUCAGAAGAAGGGUUUGUUCACAUCUGACUCAACACUUCUCGAUGACCCUGAGACCAAAAGGUACAUUGACACACAGGUUGCUACCGCUGGAUCUUCAUUCAACAAAGAUUUCUCCGAGUCAAUGGUUAAAUUAGGUUUCGUUGAAAUUCUCACCGGGAACAAAGGAGAGAUCAGGAGGAAAUGUGCCUUCGUAAACUGAGUUUCAUCAAAGCUUUCUCUCUUUCUUUGGAUUGUGGUUUCAACGUUGUUCAAACUGUUCUUUCUUUUGGAUGUUUUUCCUUGCCUUCAAGUCUGUUUUCAGACAAGAGUAUUUCAGUGUCCUUUGUAUGAUGGAAUGUCAUGUUUCUUUAACUAUCAUCUCCUUUAUAAGAUGCAUAAAUCAUAAUCAUUCCGCUGCAGACACGACAAAUAAUCCUCCUCAGUUUUUUUAUAGAUCAUUGGAGCGCAUUUAAAAAAAAAUCAUUGCAGAAUUAGGUAGCCAUCUGUAAUAAAAAUAUGUUUCCUUUAAACAAGAAAAAAAAUGAUGCUGGUAUGAUGCCUAAAUAAAUUCAAUUCUCAGGAUUCAUCUCUACCGGCCCUUUUGCUCUUUGGAAAGACUAUUGACUUCUUAAAAUAUGCAAAUACUAUAUUAGUAAUAUGUAAGAAAAUAGAGAUAAUAAUAACAACUACUUUGUCAUGUGUGUUACACAAGUUCAUAUUCUGGCCUGAAUCAUCUUUUUUAUCUUUUUUUUUCUCUUCCAUCGUUUCUCAA